CGUUCGCGCAGGUUAGCCGCAGCCGUCUAUCCGAUCGCUGCGUGGCGCACCUCUCUUGGCGUAAUUGCUUGAUCCAUUUCGCAUUGAUGGAAGCGGCAAGGCUUCGGUUUGCCCACCGCCAGCUGAUGAUUCCUUGCUAGUGGCGACGCUGCAGCUGCGAAACCAACGUCUCGUCUCGGUCUCGAGUUUCGCGGCUUCGCCUUCGUUUCUUCCUCUUAUAGUCUCGGCGAGAGCCUCCCCUUUCCCUUUUUCUUUUUUUCUUCCUCUUCUUUGCUCCUCCUCACCCCCCCGCCUCUCCUCUCCUCUCCUCUCUGCCUGUUUCUUUCGCCAUGCGCUCUCAAUUCGCCUGGUCGGCCGCCUUCGUCGCGGGCGUCGCGGCCCUCGACGUCUCGCAGGUGUUUCCCAUGACGCCCAACCUGAUUCCCCUGGAGAAGAAUGCCGGCUCGGACAACCUGUUCCCCAUGGCCGACUGCUUCGGCUUCAAGCUGCACGAGGCCACCAUCGACCAGAUGCAGGCGGCCAUGGCCAACGGAACGCUGUCGUCGGUGCAGCUGGUCAGCUGCUACAUGACGCGCCAGUUCCAGACGCAGCAGUACCUCAACGCCAUCAUCCAGAUCAACCCCGACGCCUUCGCCAUCGCCUCCCAGCGUGAUGCUGAGCGCAAGAAGGGCAAGGUCCGUGGCCCGCUGCACGGCAUCCCCUUCAUUGUCAAGGACAACAUCGCCUCCAAGGACAACCUGGAGACCUGCGCCGGCAGCUGGGCCCUCCUGGGCAACAUCGUGCCGCGCGACUCCUUUGUCGUCAGCCAGCUGCGCGACGCCGGCGCUGUGCUCUUUGGCAAGGCUGGUCUCAGCGAGUGGGCCGAUAUGCGCAGCAACAACUACUCUGAGGGCUACUCCGGCCGUGGUGGCCAGGUCCGCAGCGCCUACAACCUGACUGUCAACCCUGGUGGCAGCAGCUCUGGCAGCGGUGUUGGCGUUGGAGCCAACGUCAUUGCCUUUGCUUUGGGCACAGAGACCGACGGAAGUGUCAUCAACCCGGCUCAGCGCAACGCCAUUGUUGGUAUCAAGCCUACUGUUGGCCUGACUUCCCGUGCUGGUGUCGUUCCCGAGUCUGAGCACCAGGAUACCGUCGGCACCUUUGGCCGUACUGUCCGCGAUGCUACCUAUGCUCUUGAUGCCAUCUACGGCGUCGACCCCAGAGACAACUACACCCUCGCCCAGCAGGGUCUGACCCCCAAGGGCGGAUACGCCCAGUUCCUGUCCAACCGCACUGCCCUCAGGGGCGCCACUUUCGGUCUCCCCUGGAAGAGCUUCUGGGUCUACGCCGAUCCCGAGCAGCAGCAGAUCCUUACCAGCAUCAUCAAGCUCAUCGAGUCUGCCGGUGCUACCGUCAUCAACAACACCGAGAUUACCAACUACCAGACCAUCGUCAGCCCCGACGGCUGGAACUGGGACUAUGGUACCACCCGUGGCUUCCCCAACGAGUCCGAGUACACUUACGUCAAGGUUGACUUCUACAACAACAUCAAGACCUACCUGUCCGAGCUCAACAACACCAACAUGCGCUCUUUGGAGGAUCUUGUUGACUACAACAACCAGUUCACCGGCUCCGAGGGCGGUUACCCCAUGCCCAACGGCACCCCUGCUUUCUGGUCUGGUCAGGAUGGUUUCCUCGCCUCUCUUGAGACCAAGGGUAUCAAGGAUGAGACCUACUGGCAGGCCCUCAACUUUUGCCAGUCUUCUACCCGCAACGGUAUCAACGAUGCUCUCACUUACAACGGCAAGAAGCUGGACGGCCUUUUGGUCCCUCCUGAUGUCGCUCAGAGCAUUCAGAUCCCUGCCCAGGCCGGCUACCCUGCCAUCACCAUUCCCGCCGGUAUCCACUCUGACUCUGGCAUGCCCUUUGGCCUGGCUAUCCUGCAGACUGCCUUUGGUGAGGCUAAGCUGAUCAAGUACGCCAGCGCCAUCGAGGAUUUGCAGAAGAACAGCAACCAGCCCUACAAGCGAACCCUGCCCACCUGGCGCGGUUACCUCCAGAGGAACAUUCCUGUCCCUCUGUAAACCUAUCUGAAAGAAGAGGCUUUGAGUAAAAGCGUUAUGAUAUAAUGCAUGCUUUCUUGUAUAUACCCAUACAUAUAUGCACACACAUAUAAAUAAUAUCAAGUAUUAAUAGAUAUUUCAAC